CCUGAGGCUUUGUGCCCGGGGCAGAAGUUGGUUCUCAAUACCUCCCUUUGUUUGGGGCGGAGGAGGGGCGGCCCCCAUUACCUGGCGCCUGUUCUGUUCCGGCUGAGUGGCAAGAGGUGCGUGGCAGAGCCUGUACUUAGCGGUCCCUCAAUGCCGCCUUUCACAGGGGGGCCCUGCCCCAGUCAGCUCCCUGCCCAAAGUCCGCUUCGCCAGGGGGAGUGGCCGAGGAGCAGGAGAGGGAGACAGCCCAGCCCACGUGGCGGCUCCAGCUUAGUAAAUGAGGGAGGUUGAGGGAAUCUCAGCCCAGAGGAGUCCCCGCUGGCCGACUGGGAGGGACCAACGAGCUGGAGCCUGGAGGAUAGCUGCCCGGGACUCAGACUGGUGGUUAUAUAGGAAAGCAAAUAUGUGAAGAUGGGACUCUUGGUUUUCGUGCGUAAUCUGCUGCUAGCCCUCUGCCUCUUCCUGGUGCUGGGAUUUCUCUAUUAUUCAGCCUGGAAGCUGCACUUACUCAGAUGGGAGGACUCUAAUUCAGUGGUUCUUUCCUUUGACUCCGUUGGACAUACGCUAGGCUCAGGAAGGAGAGAGAGAAAAACUGUGACUCUCACGCUCCCGACGUCCAUCCCAUCGUGUCUUGCUGCAGACUCAGGAAAAGGCAGAAACCCGAAAGACUCCAAAGACCCUGUGGCUGUUCCUGGCCCCGCCCACCCGAAAUAUGACCGCCUGGGCUUUCUUCUGAAACUCGACUCAAAACUGCCUGCAGAGUUAGCAACAAAGUAUGCAAAUUUUUCUGAAGGAGCUUGCAAACCUGGCUAUGCUUCAGCGCUUAUGACUGCCAUCUUCCCCAAGUUCUCCAAGCCAGCCCCGAUGUUCCUGGAUGAUUCCUUCAGAAAAUGGGCCCGGAUCAGGGAUUUCGUACCACCGUUUGGGAUUAAAGGACAAGAUAACCUGAUCAAAGCCAUCCUGUCGGCAACCAAAGAGUACCGGCUGACUCUGGCCCUGGAUGGGCUCAGCUGCCGCCGGUGCAUCAUCGUGGGGAACGGAGGCGUGCUUGCCAAUAAGUCACUCGGAGCCAAAAUUGAUGACUAUGACGUGGUGGUCAGGCUGAACUCUGCUCCCAUCAAAGGCUUUGAGAAGGAUGUGGGGAGCAAGACCACCUUACGCAUCACCUACCCAGAGGGGGCCAUCCAGAAACCAGAGCAGUAUGAGAAGGAUUCCCUGUUUGUUCUGGCAGGCUUCAAGUGGCAAGAUUUCAAGUGGUUGAAAUACAUCGUUUACAAGGAGAAAGUGAGCGCCACAGAUGGGUUCUGGAAGUCAGUAGCAACCCGCGUCCCGAAAGAACCUCAUGAGAUCCGCAUCCUCAACCCCUACUUCAUCCAAGAGGCAGCUUUCAGCUUCAUCGGACUUCCUUUCAACAACGGCCUGAUGGGAAGAGGGAACAUCCCCACGCUGGGCAGCGUGGCCAUCACCAUGGCUCUGCACAACUGCGACGAGGUGGCCGUUGCCGGCUUCGGCUAUGACAUGAGCUCGCCCAACACCCCCCUGCACUACUACGAGGCCAUCAAGAUGUCCGCCAUAAAGGAGUCCUGGACACACAACAUCCAGCGGGAGAAGGAGUUCCUGCGGAAGCUGGUGAAAGCCCACGUGAUCGCUGAUCUCACCAGUGGCAUCUGAGGCUGGGCCAGCAGACGGUGCCCCGUCCCCACACGCCAAGGGAACGGAGCGGGAGGACCUCCUGCCCAGGCCUGGGCCCGGGCCCAAGGAGGAAGGAGAUGGAACCCGGGCAGCCAAGGGGCUCCGGGCCAGGUGGGACUGAGGCCUGCCUGUCUCGAUUGCUUCUGCAGCCUCCGGCACGGAGGCCCCGUCCCACCCCUCCCUCCCUCCCUCCGGCUCCGGUGGACGUCUGGGUCUGGCCUACCAGGAAUGAACCUGUGAUGAGAUGCUGUCUGGCUGCGGAGGGAAGGAAAGGAGGCAGGAAGGAAGACAAGUGCCAAAACGGCCCCCUCUGGGUCGGAGCGGGACCCUGAGUUGGUGGCCGUGGCUACUCUCCCACAGGGACUGCCCCACCAGCUUGGGCAUACAGGGCGGGGGGGGAGGGGGAGAGGUGGGCCCGGGCACAAGCUCUGGGAGCACUGGUGCUGCUAUCGCUUAAAAGCCUUGGGGCUCAGAGGGCUGAGCAGGCCUCAGCUCCUCUUACAGCUCUCGAGAGACCCCCCCGCCCCCCGACCCGUCCCCAGCCUGCAUCCCCUGUCCCACAUAGACCAGAGGCCGGCUGUGCCCUGCCCCCCCAGAGAGCCAGGUGGCUCCCGCCAAGGCCCAGCCUGCACCUGAUCUCUUGGGGAGCACCUACAGCUGGGUCCCUGGGCAGACGGGCAGGCUUUGGGCCUUACUCCUGCCUGGCAGAUAGCUGAGCUAAACCCAGGCAGGGAGCUUGGGAGAUAGGGCCCAGGGGAUACUGGAUGUAGAUUCUUCCAUCUGUGUGUGUUGUAUUUUAUUUUGUGAGUGGUAGGGGGGGCGUGGGGAGGGAUAAUUUAUUUUUGAAAUAAGUGUUAAGAAUGGAAAUUUGAUCAGUGUUUAACGAGGAAUGAAUAAUGACACUGUUGCCAGCCUGAUAUCAGAUUGGUCUCUGCCGGCUUAGGGGCGGGCAGCCCGGGCAGAAACUCCCCCCAAUCCACUGUCCCCACGCCCGCCAUCCGAGAACUUCCCUGGCUAGAUGCUGCUGCUCCUCCUGCUG